AGAUCACUAGAUGUAUUUGCUUGACAAACUGCUCUACCUUUGUGUAAGAUAUAAUAAAAACAGUCAUGAAGAUCAAAGUGCUAAGUAGAAAUCCAGAUGAUUAUCUGCGUGAAACGAAAAGAGACAUCCAAAAAGUUCAAAGAAAUUAUGAUCCCAAGUUGCACCCUUUCGAAGCCCCUAGAGAAUAUGUGAGGGCUUUAAAUGCCACAAAAUUGGAGAGAGUAUUUGCCAAGCCAUUUAUUGGGGCUUUAGAUGGACAUAGAGAUGGUGUAAACUGUUUAUGCAAACACCCAACAUCACUGAGCUCUUUACUUUCUGGAGCUUGUGAUGGAGGGGUACGAGUGUGGAACUUGGCAAAGAGAAAUUGUGUCACAACACUUCAAGCACACGAAGGCAUUGUUCAAGGAAUGUGCUUUCAUCCAAAUGGGAGAAGUUUUCUAACUUGUGGUUUGGAUAAAGUGAUAAAACAAUGGGGGAUCUCAGAGGAGUGUUCUAUCAAUGAAGAGCCUCUCAACACAAUUCUUGGAAAGAGUGUGUUCCAGUGUAUGGAUCACCAUCAGUCAGAAAAUAUUUUUGCCACGUGUGGACAGCAGGUGGACAUUUGGAAGGAGGAUCGGUCAGAACCUGUUAGAAGUUUUACCUGGGGAGUGGACAGUACUCAUCAUGUCAAAUUCAACCCCAUAGAGACACACCUUCUGGGAGCCUGUGCCUCAGACCGUAGUGUACUACUGUAUGAUCUAAGAGGCUCUACUCCUUUGCGAAAGGUUAUUUUGUCCCUGAAAUCUAAUGCUAUAGCCUGGAAUCCAAUGGAAUCAUUUGUAUUCACAGCUGCUAGUGAAGAUUAUAAUUUGUACACAUUUGACAUUAGAAAGUUAUCCGCUCCUAUUAUGAUGCACAUGGACCAUGUGGCUGCUGUGAUGGAUGUAGAUUAUUCUCCAACUGGAAAAGAGUUAGUGUCGGCUGGAUAUGACAAAUGUUUGAGAAUCUUCAGUGUUGAUGCAUCUCGUAGCAGAGAAGUUUAUCACACAAAGAGAAUGCAGAGAGUUAGAGUGGUGAAGUGGUCUCUAGACAAUAAAUACAUAAUCUCAGGAUCUGAUGAAAUGAACAUCCGAUUGUGGAAAGCAAGGGCCUCUGAAAAGCUGGGAAUGCUGACAACACGAGAGAAAGCAUCCAUUAAUUAUAAUGAAAAGAUUAAGGAGAAGUUCAUGCAUCACCCACAAAUUAGAAGGAUAGCUCGACACCGACACGUACCCAGACAGAUAUACAGUCUGACAAAGGAAAUGAGAAUCAUGAAGGAAUCACGCAAACGAAAGGAGUCAAACAGAAGAAGGCACAGCAAACCUGGGGCUGUUCCAUUUGUUCCAGAAAGAAAGAAGGCUAUAGUGAAAGAAGUGGAAUAAGACAGAAUAUAACUUUAAUCAUUGAUUGUUAUUUAUUGUUUGUACAGAGCAAGACAGAGGGUGUGUUCUUCAAACUGUAAACUCGAGCAAUUUUAAUAUUUUCAACAACAACAAAAAGUUUUAUUUUAAUGACAGAAUUCAUUCUCUUGAAUUGAAAUCAGAGGAUUUGGAUUUGGUCAGUUAAAUUACUGUUUGCCUUCUGGAUUUUACUUAUUCUUUCAUUGUCUGGAUAUUAGAAUUGAAACUCAUUUUAGAUUUCUAGAGAAUGAAAAGAAAAAAAAAUGAAGAAUUCAGUGCAUUUGUAUCCCAAGUUCCGAAUCAGCUUAUUUAUCAUGAAUAUGAAUCAUAUCUUACAGUUCCAUUUAUCAUGAAAUGUAAUAUUUUAAUGUCUUUCAUGAUUUUCAUUUCAUUACCUAGAAUA